UUUCACCUCGAUAGGAACUUAAUGUACAGAUUAGAUAAAACGUUUUUAUCCGUGUUAUUGUUAUAUGUGUGACAUCAGAAGGAUUGAAUGUUACUUGUAAAAUCAUGACCACAAUUCUGCAAAACGUGAUAUUGUACCGGAAUUUGAUUGUACUUCUGGAGAUCUACAAACGAUAACUCAUCAUUAUUUCUAAACUCCUAUAACUUUUAUUAUGUUAAUAAAAAAUAUUUCUUAUCCGCGCAACACAGCAAGUGGUCAUUUCGGCAAUGCCUGUUGCAUGCACAUAUCAGACAAUAAGACAAUCUGAUAGUAUGUACCAAAGAAAGAUUACAUAAAGCUUACAUUUUUGUUAAGCAAUUGCUGUAAUUUGUUAUAAAUUGAGACAUUCAGUGUUUCAUUAAUCUCUUAAUUUUUUAAUAAUGAUCUUGUCAUACAUUGUCUAUAAUUCUACGUAAUUGUCCAGACCAGUGUGGUAAGAUUGGUGCAAAACUGGACACCAACGAACAUUUACCGAAACAUCAGAGCUUUAUCGUAAUGACAGCAGCGCGAUCUCUCAUAAGCAUUUUGCCAAGCUUGUUUGAUAGCGAGCGGCCAAUUAAAAGCAUCGUCCGCGAUAACGAUAGCUAUUUAUCAAUAUCGACACCCCGCGGAAAGACUACUUGAUUCACCGAUCGCUCGACGUGUCCUUUCGCGCGUGCACGUACAAUGUUACGACGUCGAUCUUGUUGACCUUGAGUGACCCAGGAUGAUGAAGUGUUAGUGAUUUAGUGGUGAUUCCGAAGUGACUUUUAUAGUGAAUUCCGCGAUUUUGUGAACGCGGUUCACACGUGGAGAAGUGUCCACGUGACCGUAUCAAUUGCGCGUAUUUUGUCAUUGGGCGGAAAGAAAGAUGGGACUGAUAAAAUCGAGGCCCGGAAACGUCCAAAAUCCUAAGAAAAGAAAGAAACCUAAACAUAAAAAGGACAUUACAUCCAGCCAACAAGUGGAUGACUACGAAGAUUACGAGUUGAGGGUGCUUAAAAGAACCAUCGCGAGAUAUCCCGAGAGAUUUAUACUGAACAAUCUCAUGAUGUGCAUCCAGUUCUUUGAAAAUUUUGAGGAAGAUAUGAAUCGCAUAAAAGAAACUCUAGCAUCAGCUUACGAGGACAAACUAAAUAAAAUGUUGCCUCCUUCAAAACACGUUCUGUUACCGGACGUUCUUCAGAAGUAUAUCGCGCGCAAUAUCGACUUCACUUCGAAGAGACAGACCGGUGAACCUGUUAUCGAACCGCUGCAACCUAUUCGCAUGUAUAUUGUACAUGACAAUAUUGAAGUUACAGAACAAUAUUAUUUACCGGAAUACAGUAGUCUAAAUAGCGGAGUUACAUACAGCAUGAUGGUUCAACCGAUCGAAAACCAACCAGGAUAUGUUCGACUGCGAUGUCUCGAUGAAACACCGUACAUGAAAAAUAUUAAUCCUUCAUCGACAACGGACAGUACAUACGAUGGCGAUGACGAACUUUAUGAUCAAAAUACAAACACAAAAUUUCUUCAACAAAUCAAGAAAAACGAUCGUUCGGGUUAUUCGAAGUUUGGCGCGAAAUCUUCGUCCAUUUUGCAAGAUAACGAGACGAUAUACGAGGAUCAAGCAUACAUCUCGCGUGGAAAUCUUCACGGAAGCCGAAUCAUUUGUGACACGUCGUCUUCGACGUCGAAAGCAAUUUGCGAAGAAAUCAAUUCAAGUUCCGGUUAUAAUAGUGACAGUUCUAACUACCUUUACAAUAAAACGACUACGGAUACGUCGAGAAAAGUUUGUUCGACAAACAUUCCAUCGGAUUGUUUCAAAGAAGUGCGUAUCAACAGUGAAGGUAAAAUUUAUUCGAGAGAGAAGCUGAACAGAAAACCGCAGAACAGCAAGCAGUUUCAUCUCAUAAUGGCCGACAGACAAUACGAUAGCAACGUUUUUUUUAUGAGCAGCAAGAUGUUCAUGAAUUACUUCGUCCGUCUUUUCAUAGAUCAGCUAGCGGAAUCGCUGAGUUUUAAAAAACAGAAAGAUGGAUUGGAUUUUGUGGAAAAUUCAGUGAUUCAUUGCUACAAGAUGUUAGAGUCGCACAUUCCCAAACAACGCAGGAUCGACUCUUACGAGAUCACACCGACGAUCUGGCUACAAUGGCCGGAAUUCGCCCAGGAAUGGUUAUAUCGGCCGAGAAGUACUUGGCCCAAUGAAAACGACGUUAACAAAAUAAAAGAUUUCGGUUGUUACAUAAUACCUGAAAACUCUCUGCCAAAGCAAAACAACUCAUCGUCGAGUAGAUUGCAAAAUCAAACUACAAAAAAGAAUAUUUAUCAAGAAAUCGAAUGGCAGUUGGCAUUUCCGGCCGCGGAGCGAUAUCUGGAGACCUGCAUGACGCACUCACAAGUGCAAGUGUACCUGAUCGCGCUAAUGCUUCACAAAACCUUCUUAAGACCGGUGCAAGAGAGGAUAUAUGGUCUGACGAUCAAUCAUAUCAGAAACAAAUUGUUCUGGCUGAUCGAGGAGAAUGACAGACCGUCCUCGUGGCCCGACAAUAGGACAGGAGAUUGUCUAAUCAAACUACUAAAGAGUCUCUACGACUGCAUCAGUCAGACCGAGCCGAUUCUGGAGGACUACUUUGUUCAUAACAAAAAUAUGUUUCAACAGAUAUCAAACGCUUAUCUGUUGCAUAGCCAGAAACAGCUGAAGAGAAUAAUCGAGAAUCCGGUGAUGUAUGUGUUCAACACGUUGGAGUACAUUAACUAUAGAGACCAGUUCUUUCCGAAGUUAGAUCUUGAGUAUCUACUGAAGAUAUUAACAAAUCCGGGUCUGAGCAUUCAAGUGCCGACGCAGAGAAAGCCGAUCGAGAGAGAGAAGUACGAAAAGACCGGCGGAUUGUGGAGCGAAACGAAAAAGAGUCCGCAGAUCUAUUGGCGAGUGAACGCAAACCGAACAGUGACCACGCGCGCCACAGACAAUAUCGUCGAGAUCUCGGAACGAUGCGCCGAUUUGGAGGGGCCAAGGCUGGCCAAGCUGUUAGAGUUCUUUGUCAGACAUUUCAUAAAAAUGGCGGACUACUGUCACAGGUAUCGUGCUUAUUCGCAAAAAAUGGUUUAUCUUGAUCAAGCAGAUCGACUCUCGAUCAUCCUAUCGGAGCAGAAUGACAGGUACAUAGACGACGCUAAAGCUUAUCGCGACAAAAUUAAGGCUCUGAGGAAGAGAGAAAAAGCAACGAAUUCAACGGUGAGAUUACAAAACGAACUGCCGAAAACACCGAAGAGAAACAUAUUGGGACCGAUAUUUGCCGGCAACUUGAAAGAUCGUUUCACGCCACACGUUGCAGAAGUUCAUGUAAAACCGUCGAAGGACGAACAAUCACAUUCUAGUCGUGAAGAUUACGCGGAUAACAAGAUCGCGAAAGCAAAGAAUGCGACCGCUAGUUCGUAUGACAAAAAUCCGUACACGGGAAAUCCUGUAUCGACGGACCAAAGUGACGACGAUGAAUAUAGAAAAAAUCCUAUGUCAAUGAGAAGCAAAAGUGACGAUGAUCUAUAUCCGAGACGUUCUAUAUCGAAGAAUCAAGAUAACGAAAAUUCAUACAAGAGAAGUCCAACAUCGAUGAGUAAAAGUAACGAAGAUCUAUGUACAGGAAAUUCUAGUUCAUAUGACAAAGAUACGUACACGGGAAAUCCUAUAUCGACGGACCAAAGUGACGACGAUGAAUAUAAGAGAAAUCCUAUGUUGAUGAGGAGCAAAAGUGACGAUGAUCUAUAUCCGAGACGUUCUAUAUCGAAAAACCGGGAUAACGAAACUCCAUACAGAAAAAAUCCAACAUCAAUGAGUAAAAGUGACAAAGGACAUUCUAUAUCAACGGACCAAAGUGACGACUCGGCCUCGGGUAUAUCGAUAACGCAAAAAGUGGUUUCUUUAACGGACAAUUUAACAGAAACGACAUAUAUAUGAUGUAUGUCUUUGUUAAAAAUAAAAUGUAGAUGAGAUCUGUUGCGAUGUAUAAGAUAUAGGAAUGUUUAUGUUUUCGACAAACAAACAUUGAAACGAUUACAUUGAAAACGAAAUUGAUUUUGAGAAACGAUAAUAAAUUUGAGAAGAGGUCUCCCUGAUAUUUAGUUGAUUUUAAAAUAAAAGAUGAAGAAAAAUGAUAAAUUUUUAGCAAGUAUUUUUAAGGAAGACUGAAUGUGUUUACUGCCUUGCGCGAGUUGUCGAUAUUCGAUUAUCGCGUUAUGCAAAAGCGAACAGAGUGAUUUUUUUAGCAGUUUAGUAAAAUAAAUUAUGAAAUAUUGCCGCAGUUAGAUUAAAACUAGUAGAGUAAAAUAGCAAUAUUGUAAAAUACUUUGUAAGUAUAUUUAAAACAGUAGAAUUACACAUAGAACAUAUUUCGAGAAGAGAGGGAAAUAUUUUGUUUUUUUGGGGGGAAAUAUAUAAAUACAUAUAAAUUUAUUAAUUUAAAUAACGUCACCGUAUUUAUAUUUUAAAAAAAGAUAUCUGUUAGAUAUUUUCCUCUUUUCUUGAAUCUUUCAUAUUCCUGUGCGCCAAUGAAAUUCAAGCAUAUAAAUCUCUAAUAUCGCUAUCUUUCAUCUUUUAUCAUUGAUCUAUCUUUUGCAUCUACUUAUUAUUUCGUUUAUUAAAUGCUUGUCACGAUUAAACACGAUAUCUUUUUAAUGAAAUAUUUAUAUUAUAAGUCACGCACAUUAUCGUCAAAAAAUUGAUCUAAUAUAUAUUACAUAAUAUCGCGCUUCAUCAUUUUAUAAUUUAAAAUUGUAAAAUUUUAU